ACUCGAGACGAAGACUUUACAAUUCAUUCAAUGCCCUUUAGUCGCUGCCAUGCCUUCAGCUACUAGUGAAAAGUUGACUUUAACUGAUGAAAUCCAAUCGCAACUGGAAGUUCUAGAUCAAGAUUUAUCUGACGGGAUUCUAACUAAGAAAGGAUUUUUCAAGAAGAGAUGGAACUUGCUGGCACCCUUAGCUUCUCCGACUUUAGUCGAAAAAGUACAUGCCCUGCAAUUACAGAUAAAUAAUGAUACAAUAUCUGAGGAACAAUACUUGGAACGUUUUCAAAUGUUAAUGAAUAGUCUUGAUUCAAUCAUCAUUGCACAGUACAAUAAUGAAAUGGAAAUUGAAACUCCAGCAACUACUGUGGUAGUGAAGAAUGAACCUAAGAAUGCUCAGAUCACAAAGCAAAUCAAGAUGGAGAAAUGUACUGAGAUUGCGGAAAGUAGUUUAGUUUCAAACCUUGGUAUGUUGAAAAAGGAGCUAUCAGAUCAAGAACAUGAUGAAGUAGCAGGGCCCAGCUCUUCAGUUUCCCUAAAUGGAGUUUCACCUCUCUUACCUGAGGGGGACAUCAAUUCAUCUUGUUCUAUUUCAUCUGAACAUGAAACUCCUGAUGUGUCCUUAGCUGAUGCAGUUAUUGGGAACAAAGUGAUUAGCAGUGGUAAUGGGAAGCAGGAGAGAAAUUCUUCAGGGAAGGAUGUAGACAAUGAAGUCCAUGAAGAAAGUAUGAAAAGAGAAUCAAUAGAAAGAUCUCUCCGAAGGAAGUCACUUGCAACAUCUUCACCAGGAACUCAAGAGGAACAUUCUUCGGGAAAGGAAGAGGAGAAUGAAGUCAAUGAAGAGAGUGGUAAAAGAAGACCAAGAGGUAGACCUCCCGGAAGGAAGUCACUUGCACUGUCUUCAUCAGGACCUCAAGAGGUCCAUUCUUCAGAAAAGGAAGAUGAGAAUGAAGUCAAUGAAGAAAGUGGCAAAAGAAAACCAAGAGGUAGACCUCCUGGAAGGAAGUCACUUGCAUUGUCUUCAGCAGGACCUCAAGACGACCUUUCUUCGGGAAAGGAAGAAGAGAAUGAAGCAAAUGAAGAGGGAUUAAAACAAAGAUCAAGAGGGAGACCUCCCAGGAGGAAGUCACUUGUAUCGCCUGCACCUCAAAGGACCAGCAAUAGGAUAUCUUCUAAUAGCUCAGUUAUUUCAGCCCCAAGUAAAAUAGUGAAAUCUGAGCCUGAAGAAGGAGAGUAUACCGAUCCCUGUGGAAGCACUAAUUCUGCUCAAGCAUCAUCAACACCAAAACCAUCAAGCAUUGAUACUAAAUCAGUUGAAGAUGACAGUGGGGCUGAAAGUGAUAAUGAAGACAGAGAAAGUAAAAGACCCAAAGUUACCAAGAAAAAUAUCAAACAAGAGCAUGUGGAAAAGAAACCCUCUAAGGAAGGAAUAGGAAACACAAGGUGUCAAAUCUGUCGACAGCUUCUGGAGAGUCCUGAAUUGUGUCUGUAUGAAGGCCACCCUCGAGGUGCUGUUGAAGAGUACAUUGCUUUAACUGACAACCGCUUAUCCCUUUUUACCGGAAAUGAGUCUGAAAUCAAUGAAACUGAUGCUCGUCCCUUGAAUAAAUUAACCUGUUUUAGUGUAUAUGAUAAAGCUGGCCAUCUUUGUCCUUUUGAUACUGGACUCAUAGAAAAAAAUGUCUUACUUUAUGUAUCUGGAUACGUAAAAGCAGUUUACGAAGAAAGUGCAGACACAGAAGAUGGCGUUCCCGUAAUGGAUUUGGGUCCAAUAAAUGAGUGGUUUACUUCUGGCUUUGAUGGGGGAGAGAUUGCUUUAAUUGGUAUUACCACUGCAUAUGGAGAGUAUUAUCUCAUGGAUCCAUCCGAGAAAUACUUGCCAUUCAUGCAACGUGUACGAGAGAAAAUUUACAUGAGUAAACUUGUGAUCGAAUUUUUAAUAGAGGCAGAAAAUCCUGCUUUUGAAGAUUUAUUGAACAAAUUUCAGACCACUGUUCCUCCUAAAGGAGUGGAAUUAAGUGAAGAUAGUCUUCUUCGUCAUGCUCAGUUCAUAUGUGACCAAGUAGAAAGCUUUGAUUCAGCUGGAACUGAUGGGACACUUCUCAUUGUCUUGCCAUGCAUGAGAACCCUUAUGAGACUAGCUGGUGUUACCCUUGGUAAAAGGCGUGCAAUUCGCAAAGCUGAGCGUAAAACAAUUGCAGAUAAAAAACCAGCAUGGACGAAAGCAACUACCACUGACCUUGUUCGAAAUUUAUUUGAUACAUUUUUCUCUGAGCAACUCGAUAUGGGUAGUGACAAGGGCAGUCAGGCACCUCGUCGUCAACGCUGUGGUGUCUGCGAGGCAUGCCAGAUGCCUGAUUGUGGUUCAUGUUCUGCUUGUAAAGAUAUGGUCAAGUUUGGUGGAAGUGGCCGUAGCAAACAAGCUUGUAAUGAGAGAAGGUGCCCCAAUUUGGCUGUUCAAGAGGCAGAGGAUUCAGAUCCUGAGGAUGAAGAUGAUUAUGAACAGGCAGCUGAUAACCAAAACACAAGUUGGACAGAAAAGGUACCUGUAACUGGAGUAUCGCGUGAAAAAAGGGAAGUGGAAUGGAUAGGAGAUGCAAUCAAAUCUGAUGAUAAACGCACAUUCUACAGCCGGGUUCGUGUAGGGGCUAUUGAAUUUGGUGUAAAUGAUAAUGUCCUAGUGGAACGGAAAGAUCCUUCUGUCCCUGUACUCAUAGCUCGUGUUGUGUACAUGUGGGAAGGAACUAAAGGAGAAAAAAAGUUUCAUGCUACUUGGUACAGUCGCGGAAUGCACACAGUUUUGGGUGAGACCUCUGAUCCUCGUGAAUUGUUUCUUGUGGAUAUAUGCUGCACUAUGGAUUUGGGCAUUGUAUCUCACAUUGCAAAUGUCAUUUAUAAGCCUCCACCAAGUAACUGGCAUCAACUUGGAGGGGAACCUGAAGCUGAAAAUGAUGUACCAGAUGAUGGUAAAAGUUUCUUUUACCAAAUGUACUAUGAUACAAAACGAGGCAGAUUUGAAGAUCCUCCAGUUAACCCUGUAUGCCCAAAACUUGAUGUAGAGCAUAGAUUCUGUGUAUCAUGUGAAAGAAAAUUGCAGAAAGAAAAGGUAGAUUUUCCCAGGCUGGCUGAAGGGAUGAAUGUGGAUGAUAGCAAAGAGAUUAAGUAUGCUGUCAUUCACUGGAGAGGAGAAGAAUAUAGAGAAGGUUGUGGAGUUUAUUUAAAACCUGGUGCCUUUAACUUUAAAUCUCCAGGGUUACAUCUGAAGAAACAGAGACAUGAAAAGGCUGGAGAUGAAGACCUGUACCCAGAGUACUAUAGGAAAUCAUCAGAUCAUGUUAAAGGCUCCAACCAAGAAACACCUGACCCUUAUUGCAUUGGAUAUAUAUCUGGUAUAUUUUCCCGCUCAAAAGAAAAGCACAUGAGUGAAUCUGAAAUUUUCCUGAGAGUGAACAAAUUUUAUCGCCCUGAGAACACUCACAAAGGUCAAACUGCUGCUCAGCAACUUGAUCUCAAUAUGGUAUACUGGAGUGAUGAAGAGGUUGUUGUGGACUUUUCUAAAGUGAAAGGAAAAUGCUUUUUGAUGUACAGUGAAAACUUAGAUGUUUCUGAGUCGGAGUGGGUAGCUGGUGGGCCUGAUCGUUUCUACUUUCGGGAAGCAUAUGAUUCUAAAACACAAAGCUUUGAUGAUCCUCCAUCGAAAGCUGCGUUGAUAGGGUCGAAAGGAAAGGGUAAAGGAAAAGGGAAAGGAAAAGGAAGGAAAAGUGUGAUUGACCAUGAAAAUGUUAACACUUAUGCUCCAUCUUGGCCUCCAGCAUGUCAAAAGCUGAAAACACUAGAUGUAUUUUCAGGUUGUGGAGGAUUGUCAGAAGGCCUUCACCAAGCAGGUGUUGCAGAAACAAAAUGGGCCAUUGAGAAAGAAGAAGCGGCUGCUCAUGCAUUUCAUCUUAAUAAUCCAGAAGCAACUGUAUUCUCAGAAGACUGUAAUAUGUUGUUAAAACUUGCUAUACAGGGUCAAAAGACAACAGCCAAAAAGCAAGUAAUUCCACAGAAAGGUGAAGUAGAAUUGCUGUGUGGAGGUCCUCCUUGUCAGGGAUUCAGUGGUAUGAACAGAUUCAAUUCACGUCAGUAUUCUCUUUUCAAGAACUCUCUCAUUGUAACAUAUCUCUCAUAUUGUGAGUUUUACCGACCCCGCUUUUUCAUUUUGGAGAAUGUACGAAACUUUGUGGCAUUCAAGCGCAGUAUUGUUCUUAAAUUAACCUUGCGUUGUCUUGUGAAGAUGGGUUACCAAUGCACCUUUGGAGUUUUGCAAGCUGGUAACUUUGGUGUUCCUCAGACUCGCCGCAGAGCUAUCAUAAUAGCCGCAGCCCCAGGCGAAGUUUUACCAGAAUUUCCAACUCCAUUGCAUGUAUUUAACCCAAGAGCAUGUCAGCUUUCCAUUGUUGUUGAUGAUAAGAAGUUCAAACCAAACCAGUGGGCUGGAUAUGCUCCUCUUCGCACUAUAACUGUGCGGGAUGCUUUGUCGGAUUUGCCUGAAAUAUCUAAUGGGCACAGUAAAGAGGAAAUGUCUUAUGGAGGAGAAGCCGUUUCUGAUUUCCAGCGAAAAAUCAGAGGCAAUCAACAUCAGCCUAUUUUGCGUGAUCACAUCUGCAAAGAAAUGGCUCCCCUUGUUGAAGCUCGUAUUUCCAACAUACCAAUUGCUGCUGGUUCAGACUGGAGGGACCUUCCUAACAUAGAGGUUCUCCUUAAGGAUGGCAAAAUGACACAAAAACUAGUUUACUCCCAUCAUGACAAAAAGAAUGGUAAAUCAUCCACUGGUGCUUUAAGAGGAGUAUGCAGUUGUGCCAGUGGGAAAAUAUGUGAUCCUAUUGACAAGCAGUACAAUACGUUGAUUCCGUGGUGUCUACCCCACACUGGGAACAGACAUAACCACUGGGCUGGACUGUAUGGACGUUUAGAGUGGAAUGGAUUCUUUUCAACAACAGUCACCAAUCCCGAACCCAUGGGCAAGCAGGGCCGAGUACUUCACCCAGAUCAGACACGUGUUGUAAGUGUGAGAGAAUGUGCUCGUUCGCAGGGCUUCCCAGAUACGUAUAGAUUCUAUGGUAAUAUAUUAGACAAACAUCGACAAAUUGGUAAUGCUGUUCCACCACCAAUGGGUCGUGCUAUAGGAAUGGAAAUCUGUAAAUCUCUUGUAGCCAAAUGCAAAGUUAAGUCUGAAGUAUUAGAAGGAAAAGAUUCGUGCAUGCAGUGAUUGUGAAAUCAUUCUGUGUAUUAAUAGUGAAUUUUUUACUUGUGUGUACAAAUUGUAUGAAACAAUCGUAACUUUUGUAAUUAAUUUUUAUUUCUAUUUUAACAUGUAUUUUAACACUUUUACACGCUGUAAAACCUAAUCAGAUCUUAUCAUGCUAAUGUCCAAUUCCAAUAAAAAUGAAACAUUCUUA